AUGCAGAUCUUUGUCGGUGAAGCAAACUCUCGGGAUAGCAAUUCUGCGGCCGCAACGACCAGAAAGGCCGCCGGGAUCUACACCGUGUACAACAGCCUGUGGGGAGAGGAGGACAACGACCCCACGGGCGGCCAGUGCACUGCUGUGACCGGCAGCACCAGCUCGUCCGUGUUGUGGCACACGAGCUACAACUGGGCCGGCGACAACUGGCAAGUCAAGUCGUCUCUGCGAUCGUCUCGAUCCACGAUCAUGAAGUACUCGUACGCUUACGACGGCAACAUCAUCGCUAACGUGGCCUACGGCAUGUUCACGAGCAUGGUGUGGCUGGCGGCGCUGGGGGGCGCCUGGCCUCUAA